AAACGACCUUAUUGCCAAAUGAAGAACGACGCUGAUUGAAAUGGCGUCAGUCACGGCUCGCGGCUCGGCGCUGUGCGCGGUGUCCCUGUUAAACUUUGCGUUUGUUUUCGUUUCCGGUGUGGACUUCAUGCGGUUUGUAUCAUUUCGAGCCAUUUACCACAAUAUCACCGGGGAGACGACUCUGUGUCAAGACUCCAUUCCGUGGUCCGUGGCCCUGCGCGACAGCUCGGUGCUCCAGUGUCUCCUCGUGGAUGUGGGACUCCUGGCUCUGUUCGUCGUACAGCACAGUUUUCUGGCCUGGUCGCCCAUCAAACAGGCUCUGCAGGCAGCGCUGGGAGCCUUGAACAGAACGGCCUACUGCUUCACUACGGCGCUGGCCCUGCAGAUCCUGAUGCGUUACUGGCAGCCUGUGACUGGCGCCCCCUGCCUGUGGUCAGUGCGUCACGCACCCUGGAGCGUGUGGUUCCCCGUCCUGUGCUUCUCGCUGCACUUCCUGUGCUGGGCGGUCAUCUGCAGCAUCCUGCUGAUCUUUGACUACCCAGAGCUGAUGGGCAUCAAGCAGGUCUACUACCAGUGUCUGGGGCUGGGCGACCCCCUGACUCACAAGUCCCCCGGAGCCCAGCGGCUCCUGGCUCACCUGCGCCACCCGGUGUGCCUGGAGCUGGGCGUCGUGCUGUGGCUGCUGCCGACCUUGUCCCUGGACCGGCUGCUGCUGGCGGGGACUCUGUCCGCGUACCUGGCGCUGGCACACUCUCUGGACAAACAGGAUUUGGCCUAUCUCUGCGUCCGGCUGAACAGCAGGAUGCAGCUCCUCUCUGAGCCACACGGGGGCAGCAUCGACGUCGCAGACGACGGCAGCGCAAAGGACAAGUAGAGUGAAAGGGCUGUGACCGGAAUCAGUGCAGUGUAUUACCACUAAAACUAACAUAGAGUCGCUGUGAUCCACUAUUAGUCUCUGUGCCAAAAAUAAAUAAAGUGAGCUGUUCACUUUUACCAACACUUCCCUCUCCCACUACACUACAAAGGUGGAGGAUGGUGUUGUGUGAACUGACUUUUGCAUAAAGUGUAGCUUCCUCAUAUGAAGAUUUGUCUGAAAUGGUCUAUUUAGUGUAACCUUUAUUAAUAGAACAAGUACAAUGCACGUCCUAGAUCUAUAAUAGUUUUAUCAGUAAUUAUUCAGUAGUGACAGUAACCGUGUUUGUUAUUAUUUACUAACUUGUCUCUGGAGGAGAAUUAAUUUCCAGGACUUUACACUGGACAGAAACUCGUGUGCACUUUGUGUGUUUUUAAGCGUCUUCUUGUUUAUUAUAAGUCAUAAUACAGAUGACCAGUUCAGAUUCACUGUAAAAUAAUAAAGCUUUGUUGUUUUUUCUGUG